AAGGACCUGGAGGUGGCCGAGCUGGGGGACUCCGACGUCCACAUCAAGAUGUUGGCAGCGCCCAUCAACCCCGCCGACAUCAAUACGGUCCAAGGGACUUACGCCAUCCUGCCCCCGCUGCCGGCCGUGGGAGGGAACGAAGGCGUCGGGGAAGUGCUGGAGGUCGGGCGGCGCGUGGCGGGUCUGAAACCCGGCGACUGGGUCAUCCCGGCGAUCACCGGACUGGGGACGUGGCGGACGCGGGGGGUGUUCCCCGAGGAGAUGCUGCUGAAGGUGCCCAGCGACAUCCCGGUGCUGUGCGCUGCCACCCUGAGCGUCAACCCCUGCACGGCGUACCGCAUGCUGGCCGACUUCGAGACCCUGGCACCAGGUGACUCCGUCAUCCAGAACGCUGCCAACAGCGGCGUGGGUCAAGCCGUUAUCCAGAUCGCCAAAGCCUCUGGCAUCAAGACCAUCAACGUGGUGAGGGACAGACCUGAUCUCCCAAAGCUGGUAGAGAGACUGACGGCCCUGGGCGCAGACCACGUCGUCACGGAGGAGAUGCUGAGAAAGCCAGAGAUGAGGGAUCUGUUCAAGAGCAUCCCGAAGCCCCGGCUCGCCCUGAACUGCGUCGGAGGCAAAAGCACCACGGAGAUGCUCCGGCACCUGCAGCCCAAAGGGACCAUGGUCACCUACGGGGGGAUGGCAAAGCAGCCCGUGAUGGUGCCUGUGAGCGCCUUCAUCUUCCGCGACGUGCGGCUCCGCGGCUUCUGGAUGACGCAGUGGAGGAAGGACCACGCGCAGGACCCGCAGAGCCUGGCCAGCAUGAUGGACGCCUUGUUCCAGCUGAUCCGGAGGGGACAGCUCACCGCACCCGCCUGCACCGAGGUCCCGCUCCAGGACUACAAGGCAGCACUGGAGGCCACCAUGAAGCCCUUCGUGUCCUCGAAGCAGAUCCUCCUCCUCUGA